AUGUCACUUAAAAUUCAUCGGUUUUGACAAAAAUGACAGCAUGUAUAAUAUAAAAAAAAUUCAUGUGAAAAAUAAAAUGAGGCAAAAUUCAGUAUAAUGUGACUUUAACUAGACUUCAAUUUUAUAUAUAAGUAACAUUUCUGUGAUAUGCCGGGACCUGAUGUAAGAGCCAAUGAAAAUGUCCUCGGCGAGAUGUCGACAGAGCCCACAGCGACUGUGCAUAGUGGUGUAGAAGCUAAAGCUGAAAGAAAACUUACUGUACUCGAGUCACAUGGCUAUGUACUUGGUCGGACGAUAGGGUCUGGGUCAUACGCCACUGUCAAGGUUGCAACAAGCGACAGACACAACUGUCAAGUGGCGAUUAAAAUAAUAAGCAAGUUCCAAGCGCCAGGCGACUAUUUGAAAAAGUUUCUGCCUAGAGAAAUAGAAGUCGUUAAAGGUCUCAAACAUGAGAACUUGAUACGGUUUCUUCAGGCGAUAGAAACUACACACAGGGUCUAUAUUGUUAUGGAAUAUGCGGAAAAUGGCAGUCUCCUGGACAUAAUACGUAAAGACCAGCAUAUAGACGAAGUUCGAGGACGUCGCUGGUUCCGCCAGCUUGUUGAAGCAGUUGACUACUGCCACGAGAGAGGAGUCGUUCAUAGGGAUAUAAAAUGCGAGAACUUGCUUAUGGACCAUGGCCUAAACAUAAAGCUGUCGGAUUUUGGGUUCGCACGAGGACAUAUGAAGCCGAAGAAUGGUGUUUAUGCGCUCAGUGAGACAUUCUGCGGGAGUUAUGCAUAUGCUUCACCUGAAAUCCUGAAGGGUGUGCCUUAUAGGCCACAAGACUCGGACAUAUGGAGUAUGGGAGUGGUGCUGUACGCUAUUGUGUAUGGAAGGCUGCCUUUCGACGAUACGAAUUAUACGCAGUUGCUAAAGCAAGUGCAAAACAAAGUGUCAUUUCCUCGUGAGCCGAAAGUGUCAACCGACUGUCGCAAGUUAAUCACUAAAAUCCUAGCUCCGCUCAAAGUGCGCGUCAAGAUACCACAGAUCUUGGCAGACACUUGGAUCAAUCCAAACCAACCAGCCAAGGAUGAAGAGGUAGACACUACACAGAAUACAAGUAAGGAUGAUGAAUGUUUGGAUGGCUUGUUACCAUUGAAUAAGAUAUCAUGAGCUCAAAAGUGGCAUCGAGAUUUUCAAUACCCCCUCUGUGGCUUUGCUUGAAAACGCGCAAGUCAGCAAAGAAGAAAUAAAAAGCGUGAACAUUGGUACUGUAACUUUCGACAGAAAAUUAGAGGAAGUGAAAUAAUGAAAAGAAACAAAAAUAAACCAAAUUAUUUAAAUAAACUAAUUAUGACAUA